CCUCGGCUCAUUACACACACUCUCUUACAAGAAGAAAAAGAAGGAGCACCUGUCCUCACUGAACCAUGAGUAGCUUCGGGCAUGAGCCUUACUACUCUUCUUCAUAUCGCCGCAGGUUUGUGGAGUCAACUCCUCGUGUGGUUCUGACCCGAGGUAGGACCUACUCCUCCUUCCAUUCCUCCCAUGCCUCCCCAGUUUCCUCCUCCCGCCAGCACUACUCUUCUCCUGGUCGUCAGCUCUUUUCUUCCUCCUCCUCCUCCUCGCCAUCCUCCUCGGUAGAGUUGGAGCUCAGCCAGGCAGCUCAAAUCAGUGCUGAAUUCCGUACCAUCCGCACUCAGGAGCGCUCCCAGCUGCAGGAGCUCAACGACCGCUUUGCCGGAUUCAUCGAGAGGGUGCGCGAGCUCGAGCAGCAGAACCGUGCCCUGCAGGCUGAGCUCCAGCUGCUGAGGCAGAGAAACACGGAGCCGUCCCAUCUGAGAGCCCUGUACGAGCAGGAGGCCCGCUCUCUGAGGGCAGCUGUCGAUGAUGCCAGGGCUGAGCAACAGGCAGCUCUUGGGGAGAGGGAGCGCCUGGAACAAACCCUAAGAAACAUGCAGGGACAGUUUCAAGAGGAGGUUCUUGCUCGAGAAGAGGCCGAGGGCAGGCUGAUGGAGGUCCGGCGUGAAGCUGAUCAAGUGACCCUAGCCAAGGCUGAGCUGGAGAAAAGCGUGGAAAGCCUGCUUGAAGAACUGGCCUUCCUCAAGAAGAUUCAAGAAAGUGAAAUGGUGGAACUGCAGACCCAGAUGCAGUUAGGAGUCCAGUUGGCUGUGGAAUCUGAAACCGCUGCUCCCGACCUCUCCGGUGCUCUGAGGGAUAUCCGCGCGCAGUACGAGAGGCUAGCCACUAAGAACAUGCAAGCCGCUGAAGAGUGGUUCCGAGGGAAGGUGGGCUCCAUGACGGAGGCUGUGGCUGUCCACAGUGAUGCAGUGAGGAGCUCCAAGGACGAAGCUGGAGAAUACAGGCGUCAACUUCAGGCCCGACUGCUGGAGAUCGACGCCUGUAGAGGCCUGAACGAGUCACUCGAGAGGCAGCUGGUGGAGAUGGAAGCAAAACAAAGUGCAGAGAUCGCUGCCAUGCAGGACACGAUUGCAGAUCUGGAGAGAGAGCUUGGGAUGACCAAAAAGGAAAUGGCCCGCUACCUGAAGGAUUAUCAAGAUCUACUGAACGUCAAGAUGGCUUUGGACAUUGAGAUUGCUGCAUACAGGAAGCUCUUGGAAGGGGAGGAGACUCGCCUCAACGUUGGCAUGGCCGGUGGUGUUUCUUCUUUGUACGGACACACUUUAGCAGGACCGUCCUUCACUCGGCCCCUCCUCUCCAGCCUGAGCACUGACUUCAUGGUGACAUCGCGACUUUAUAGCUCAAGCGUCAGAACCACCGAGGGUAGUAUCAUUUCUGCCAGCCACGCCCAACACUCAGAGGCCGUCCCUCCAACUGGAGAGGAGGAAGUUGAGGAAGAGGAAAAUAAUGAGGAGAAAACUGAGGAGGGAGAGGAGGGAGACACUAAAGAGGAUGAGGAAGCAGGUGGUGAUGAAGAGCAGCCGGAUGAAGGGACCGUAGCGGACGACAAGGCCGGCGAAGAGGAAGGAGAAAAUGUCAAUAACAAAGAGGAAGUGCAAGAAGAUGGGAAGAUGGAGGAGGAAGCAGAAAAUAGUGACAGGAAAGACAAAAACGAAGCUGAAAAGAAGGAGGAUGAUAAAUGUGCUAAAUCUGAAGUUGCACCUGAUCUGACCGCGGGUGACACCAAAAAAUAAAACAAGUGUAUCAGAGCAUAGCUGGUCAGCACUUUAUAAUGUAGCAACAUCUGCUUUGAAUAAAUCGCUGCAGGUAAAGAUGAACUUCUCACGGCCCAUGUCUGCAAAGCACAAACACAGAGAUCAAUGUCUAAUAACAUCGCAGUCAAUACUUGGAUCAGUCGUGAGUAAAAGCUCAAGGUUUAUGACCCUAGUCAGCAUCUUUAAUUGGCACCUAUAGAUUAGUCUGGGAAUUUUCACAUUAUCUGUUUUAAUUGAUUUACCAUGCUGUUCAGUGACACAUAUGUUUAUGUAUUCAUUUGUAUGUAUCAUUUGGAUCUUAAAAUAUAAUUAUAUAUAACAGACCAUUGUAACAGUUUUCUUGCACAAAUCAUCUCUUAAAUGUCACAAUGUCCUCACCAGCUUGAAAGCUUUAAAGUGUCAACUGUGACUUUGUGUCAAAUAAAAUGCAAAA